AUGGAGGAAGGAAUAAAAUGUGAGGAUCAACCAAAAGCUGAAAACUGUAAUGAAAAUAAAGAUGGCAAUAAUGUUGAUAAUGAUACAAAACAGAACAAUUUAAACAAUUCCAGUCAAAAUAAAAAAAAGAAAAAUAAGAAAGCCAAAAAAACGAACUUAAAACGUAUCAACAAAAAUAAAAAUAAGAAAAACAAGAAAAACCAAAGCAAUAAAAAUGUAGAAAAAAACAACAGAAAUGGAGAAGGGGGACAAAUUAAUUCCAUCGUCGAUUUUUUGAAAAAAAACGAACCAGAGCGUGUGCAAAAAGAAGACAUUAAAGAGUUGAAAAAGGAAGAAGAAAAAUCAUCCGUGGAAAUUCGUCAACACAAAAAUGAUAAAAAGAAGGAGAAAAAAAAAGAAAAAAAGAAUGAUAGUAUAGAUAUUGAAGAGAGAAAUGAGAGAACAGUAUUUGUUGGUAAUAUCCCUUUAAAUGAUGUAGGCAAUUUCAAAUUGCUUAAAAUACUAGGAAUUAAAAAGUCAUUAGUUGAAUCGAUAAGAUUUCGAUCGCUACCUUUGGAAGAGAAAUAUGCAAAGAACAAGAGGCUUGGCAUCAUGUUAAAAAAGUUCACGGAUGUGAAGGAUAACAAAAAUGCAUGCAUACGACUGAAAAGGAAAGAAGAUGUUUCUUUACUUUUGAAUAAAAAUGGAACUGUAUAUAAUGGAUAUGUUUUACGAGUAAACAAAUUUGGUGAUCAGAGUAGUUUUAGCAGAAAAAAAACUGUAUGCGUUAAAAAUUUAGAUAGGAGUAUAAAUGAAAAGGAUUUAUAUGAAUUAUUUAAGGAUGUUGAUGAAAUAAAAGGUGUCCGUAUAUUAAGGGAUUUAGAAAAUAGCCAAUCAAGGGGUGUUGCUUUUGUAUUAUUUGAGAAUAGAGCUUCCGUUAAAAAGGCAAUAAACUUGUUCAACGGAAAAGAAAUAAAAGAUAGAGUAAUUACUGUUGAAAAAGUAUUACAGGAAAAAGAAAAUGAUAAAAAUGAAACAUCAAAACAUGACUUUAAAAAGAGAGGAGUAAAUAGUUUUAAAAAAUUUAAACAAAAAAAUACAAAUCGUUUUAAACAACGCCAAAAAUAG